GAUAGAAUCAAUAUGAGACUAUCCAGUCAACACCCAGAAUUAGACACAGUCUGGAAAACACUUGAAGAAACCAAGGCACUUCCUGUGAUUCCAAUUGACCAACCUGCUGAGCUUAGUCUUGAUCUUUUGCCGUUCCAAAAAUACGGCAUUGGUUGGAUGGUGCAACAAGAAAAACUCAAUGAUUUCAAGGGUGGAGUAUUGGCAGAUGAAAUGGGAAUGGGCAAGACAAUUCAAACAAUUGCCCUCUUGCUGAGCGACAAGAAGAAACCCAAUCUAGUGAUUGCUCCAACCGUGGCCUUGAUCCAAUGGAAAAGAGAAAUAGAAACCCACACAAAUAAUGCGCUCAGUGUCAACUUAUUCCAUGGAGCCAGUAAACUCGACGAUACAGAAAGUCUUGAGAAAUACGAUGUUGUCUUGACCACAUAUUCUACAAUGGAAAACAGUUUUAGACGUCAGGAAUUUGGUAGUCGCCGUAAAGGUGAACUUAUCAAAGAAAAGUCGAUUAUUCACAAGAUACAUUGGCAUCGAAUCAUCCUUGAUGAGGCCCACAAUAUCAAGGAUAGAUCUUGUAACACGGCUAGGGCAGUAUUCAACUUGAAUAGCAACUUCAAGUGGUCUUUAUCUGGAACACCUCUUCAGAAUCGUGUUGGUGAAUUGUAUUCUCUUAUUAGAUUUAUGCAAGCAGAUCCAUUUAGUUAUUACUUCUGUACAAAAUGUCCAUGCAAAAGUAUCACUUGGAAAUUCACCGAUCGACGAAACUGUGAUGAAUGUGGCCAUAAACCAAUGGAUCAUCUUUGUUGGUGGAACAAUGAGGUUCUCAAACCUAUCCAACGCGAUGGGCACGGGGACGAAGGUCGUGUGGCCAUGAAAAAACUACGUCUGCUGUUGGACAAGAUGAUGCUCAGAAGGACAAAACUAGAAUGUGCAGAUGAUCUUGGGCUGCCUCCACGCACAGUGGUUGUCAGGAGAGACAUGUUUAAUGAAGAAGAAGAAGAUGUGUACAAGUCAUUGUUUACAGAUUCAGUACGUAAAUUCACGACCUAUGUUGAACAAGGUUCGGUACUCAAUAAUUAUGCCAAUAUCUUUGAGUUGUUGAUGAAAAUGAGACAAAGUGCCAAUCAUCCUGAUCUGAUAACAAAGAAGAAAGAUAAUUCGAAUAAUAAGCAACUCGUGUGCAUGUUGUGUAAUGAACCUCCUGAAGAUGCCAUUGUUGCUGCAUGCAAGCAUGUAUUCUGCAGAGAGUGCUGUGUUCAAUAUUAUCAAAGCUUUGAUUAUGGCGAUGGAAUCGUUAAACCAAACUGCCCGACGUGCUUUGCUACCCUAAGCGUGGAUCUUAGUCAACCCAGUCUUGAGCUUCCUGAGAAUGAAAGAGACGGGAUGUAUUCAAAGACGAGUAUUGUGAAUCGAAUUGACAUGUCCAAAUGGCGAAGUUCUACCAAGAUUGAGGCACUCGUAGAAGAAUUGACCAAACUUCGAAGACAGGACAAGACGAUAAAGAGUAUUGUAUUUUCUCAGUUUGUGAAUUUCCUUGAUCUGGUAUAUUGGAGACUUUCCCGAGCAGGAUUUGAAUGCAUCAGACUUGAUGGUUCAAUGUCACCCCGACAGCGAGAUGCAGCCAUUAAUUGCUUCAUGACAAAACCAACAGUGACUGUAUUUCUGAUCAGUCUCAAGGCAGGUGGUGUGGCCUUGAAUUUAACAGAGGCUAGCAGAGUAUUUAUUUGUGACCCAUGGUGGAAUCCAGCAAUGGAUCGAAUUCAUCGAUUAGGACAGCAUAGACCAAUCAAGAUUACAAGACUGAUUAUUGAAAACAGCAUCGAAAGUAGAAUUGUGCAAUUGCAGGAGAAGAAGCAGGCACUUGUAGAGAGUACAAUUGGUAAUGAUAAUUCUGCUCUUGAACGAUUGAGCGUAGAAGACCUGCGAUUUUUGUUUGUCCUAUAACCAAAAAGAGAGAACAGAAUACGUAUAUAAAUAUAUAUAUAUAUAUAAAGAAAUAUAGAUAAAGAAAGGUGUAUAUACAUAAAAAAAGCUUAUAAUAACCAUGUUGGUUU